AGGACUUUUAAGAUCAGUGAGCUGCAAGGCUGGGACUUGGUUACAAGAGCCAUGGCAUUCCUCACCCUGCUGCUGUUGUCUCUUGCCUGCGCCGUGCCCGGGUCUGCGACGCUGCCCACUGAAAUCGAACCCUUGGGAGCUACCGAUGCCAUCGAUUUCCAUGAGCAAGCCGACAGGCACGAGGAGCAUGAUGAGCAUGAUGAGCAUGAUGAUCAUGAGAAACGUGAAGAUGCCAAGGUUGAGAAGUCUCCGGCGCCAGCACAGCACUGGUGGGAUCGCUUUUGGCCAUUUGUGCUGCCUGCCACUCCAACAAGGUCAGAUGUUGCAGAUGCGGUGCAGCUGGAUGAGCACGCCCAUCACCGUGAGCAUGAGGAUCAGAAGGGAACUGUCCAUUCUGAGCCAGACCAUUGGUGGGACCACUUGUGGCCUUUUGCGAUGUCUGCUCAAGAGGAGGCUCAGACUUCCCAGCUGCUGGCAGAUGAACAGGAGGAGCAUGUUGAGGACGAGGACCGCAAGGGCCACAAACUCCACACCCCAGAAUCACAUUGGUGGGAUCAUUUGUGGCCCUUCGUGAUGAUGACAGCCGCGUUUCCUGCCAUCGGGGUUUAUGCAUUCAAGCGAGCCCAGUCUGCCAUGCAGCAGCCACUGUUGGAAGAAGCUCAAACAGUGGUCUAAAGAAGUGACCCGAGCUUUAGUAGCGGUAGCGGCUUAGCUGGUCGUGUGGAGAUUCUGCUCCAUUCGGCAGGGGCUAUAGGAUACACACAGAAUCGCACAGACCACUGACCACUAAGCAGUGUAUGUUCAACAUCCUCACCUCUGGUGAACGAACGGCGUUGCAUCAUGAAUCACC